CACCACAGUCCACACCCCUAACCCCCCCUUUCCAACAUAUCCUCCGCGCCGCUCCCAUGGGUACCGGCAAGAAAGAAGCCGCCCGCCGCACGCGGCAGGGCAAAGACAGCGACGGGAUGGGCAACGUACGCACGAAAGGCGAGAACUUCUACCGCUCCGCCAAGCGCGUCAAGACCCUCAACAUGUACAAGUCCGGCGGAGCGGAACGCAAUGCCCGUGGCGAAAUCACCAAAGCCGCCGUCUUCCAAUCCCGUGACAAACCUCAAGCCCGCAUCGAGCCGCAUCGGAAGUGGUUUACCAAUACGCGAGUGAUAAGCCAAGAUGCGCUGAGUGCGUUUCGUGGAGCGGUGGAGGAGAAGAUGAAGGACCCGUAUAGCUAUCUGUUGAAGCAGAAUAAGCUGCCCAUGAGUUUGAUCAGAGAUGGGAAGGAGAAGGAGAGGAAGGAUGGGCUGGUGCAGCAUAGGGCUAAGAUACGGAUUGAGAGUGAAGGGUUUGGGGAGACGUUUGGGCCCAAGGCGCAGAGGAAGAGGCCGAGAUUAGCGGUGUCGAGUUUGGCGGAUAUGGCGGCGGCGUCGGAGAAAGAUUUUGGUGCGUACGCGGAGAAGCGGCAAGAGGAGGCGUUGGCAACGUCUAGCGGGCAAACGGACGAGCAACACGAUAUUCCAGCCGACUCGACACAAAGCGCGUACGCAGAUGCAGGCGAGCUAACGACUGCGAGAGAACCGGUGUUCAGCAAAGGCCAGAGCAAGCGCAUCUGGAACGAACUGUACAAAGUCAUCGACAGCUCGGACGUUGUGCUGCACGUCCUCGACGCCCGCGAUCCGCUUGGCACUCGAUGCAGGAGUGUGGAAAAGUAUAUUCGGGAAGAGGCGCCGCACAAACACCUCCUGUUCAUCCUUAACAAGUGCGAUUUGGUGCCGACGAGCGUGGCGGCUAAAUGGGUUCGCCUCCUAUCUCGCGACCACCCCACCCUUGCCUUCCACGCCAGCCUAACCAACUCCUUCGGCAAAGGCACCCUCAUCUCCCUCCUCCGCCAAUUCUCCUCCCUCCACACCACGCGCAAACAAAUCUCCGUCGGCUUCAUCGGCUACCCCAACACCGGCAAAUCCUCCAUAAUCAACACGCUCCGCAAAAAGAAAGUCUGCAAGACUGCGCCCAUCCCGGGUGAGACCAAGGUGUGGCAGUAUAUCACCCUCAUGAAACGGAUCUAUUUGAUCGAUUGUCCCGGGAUCGUGCCGCCGAGUGUCAGUGAUACUCCCGAGGAGUUGUUAUUGAGGGGUGUGGUGAGGGUGGAGAAUGUGGAGAACCCUGCUCAGUAUGUCCCGGCGGUGUUGAGGGUUUGUGAGAGGCGGCAUUUGGAGAGGACUUAUGAUUCUGACAAGGCGCGGACGCGCGAGGCCAUUCGUUUUCUGGAUGCGCUGGCGAGGAAGGGAGGUAGGUUGUUGAGGGGUGGGGAAGCGGAUGUGGACGGGGUGGCGAAGAUGGUGUUGAAUGAUUUCUUGCGGGGCAGGAUUCCCUGGUUCAUCCCGCCUCCCGCUACUGCUGCUUUGGAGAGUGAGGGCGAGGAUAAGGCGGAUGUGGGGGGUUUGGAGGUUGGGAGGGAUGAGAAGCUGGGCUUUACGCAUAAGAAGCGGAAGUUUGAGGAGAUGGCGAAGGCUAAUGAGCAGGCGAAUGGGCUGAUGGAGGGUGCUGAUGCGGUGGAGGAUGAGGAGGAUGACGACGAAAACGAUGAGGAUGAUGAGGAUGAUGAUGGCUUCGAUGGCUUUGACGAAGACAAGGAGGAUGUGGAUGCGGAGGGCGGUGUCGAGUUGGUCGGAGGUGGGAGUGGACCUGAGGACGAUGAAGAUGACGGUGACGACAACGACGACCACGGACCCUCUGAUGACGAUCCUAACGACGGUUGA